AUCAGGUGGCUGCAGCUCCGUCUUACACAUACACAUACUGUGGCAGGCCUGAGAAGCAGAAAGAUCCUACAGACCCAACCGCGUACUGUACCGCGGCUUUUAUCUGGCGAUAAAAUGAGGGGCUCGCCCCAGCCCAGGCGGCCGUCCGCCCCGUCCUGCUUCAAACAGCAUGUCGCCAACAUCGUCCUUCAGGGUCAGGCUUGCCGAACUUCGCGACGUUCCACGGGUAACGACUGUCGCUCUUGCCAGUCUACCUGAUGAUCCAGGGUUCGAGUUCAUUUGGAGGUACAGACGCCAAUAUCCUGAUGACAGUCAAUUCUUUUGGUUGCAAGUAUUCAAACAUUACCUCUACCAUCCCAAAAUCACGUUAAUCGUGGCUGAAGAAGUAGCGUCAUUGGAGGAAAAACGCGAAGAUCGGGGCGAAGCAGUAGCAACAAUAUUCGCUUUCGCAUUAUGGGAGAGAAACGGGAAGAGUAUGUUGACACAGGCUCUGACAGACCUGUGGAGUAAGGGCGUGUUUAACGCGCUACACUGUUACAUCACCUUUCUGGAAAACUGGGCUAUAGGCAAGGAGUUCAAGCGGCGCGAUGGCGAUCCGAGGCGCAUGAUGGCCUUCCAGAAAGCGCUGAACUAUUCCCACUCAAAAUAUUGGGAGAAGAUGUAUCCUCAGAAUUACUACCUCGUUCUGCUUGCAACACAUCCAGACUAUCGUCGGCGCGGUGCGGGCACUGCGCUCACUCAAUGGGGUGUUGAUCGGGCUCUGGCUGCUGGCAUUGACGUAGGCCUGGAGGCAAGUCCGAUGGGAUUUCCACUGUACCAGCAUAUGGGCUUCGUUCUGUUGGAGAAUCUGGUAAUUAAGCCGGAUGCGGAUGACGAUCCUGCGAGUAUGCUGCUGAGGGUCAUGGUAUAUGACAAGAACAACAAGUUCUCAAUGGUCUGAUUUUGGGAAUCGUCAGCUUGCGAUUGAGGAGGACCGUAACAUGGGCUUAUUGUGUGUUGAGUUUGGGUGCCAGGUGGGCGCUGAGUCGCCGCUGGGACGGGGGCGGAGGUUAAGACAGCACCCCAAGCGCCGACUGCCCACCAAGCUGCCACCGCGCGGUCGCUGCAUUUCGUUCCUUCUCCAGCAAGCCACACAGACAUGCCACGAGGACCGGGAACGGCGCAACAACAUUCGCUUCU